AUGUCUCAACCCAGCUUUUCGGGAUCUUCUCCCAUGAAGAGAUCAGUAGUCAAGGGUGCUGGCAACGCUAGCAUCGCCGGCGAAACUGGCAAAGAAAACCUAGAGGACUAUCGCGGACACGUCGCACAAGACAUGGCGCACAGGGCUGUCCUCUCCGACGUCAGAACCUUCUGCGACAAAUUCUUCCCCGUUCUCCCCCACACCAAGCGUCGUCCCAACCGUACCAUCAACCCUUUCUGGCGGCUCGAAGCCGCCGGUGGAAUGCUCGAGAGGCAGAUACAGACAGAUUUUGCCGAUGCCGUCAAGAAACUCGUCCCGGGCCUGGUGAUGGCCGUCACGAGCGACAGACCGGACGAUCUCGCGGUAGAUCCCACCAGACAGAAGGGCGACGCCGCCUUCUUCUACCCUCAUUCGGUCCCUGAAGAUGGCAAGCCCCGCUGGGGCGACCAGAUCAUAUCUGUCGAGUUCAAGCAGGGGUUGCCUGGCAAUGACCCUUUCGACGAGAAGGUCUCCGGAUUCUCCGACGCCAUCUCGCGCACGGAGGUCCGCGGCCAACUGAUCUCCUACGCCGCUCUCCUGCUCGCGAUGCAGCAGCGCGAAGCGUUCUUCUCCCUCUUCGUCAUCGGGCGGAAGUGCCGCUUCAUACGCUGGGACCGGUCUGGGGCGAUCGCCACGAAGCUCAUCGACUACUACUCGGAGUGGAAGGCAUUCUGCGACAUCCUGUGGCGAAUCGGAAAGUGUUCCGAGUGCGACGACCAGCUUGGCCUCGAUCCUAGCGCCACUCGUAUCUAUCCCGGUACCGAGGAGUUUCAAGCCAUGGCAGAUAUCGCGACGACGCGCGACGGAGACGUCAAGCACAACGAGCGGAUAGUCCACGACGACGAGCUCAACGAAGCCGGUGGCUUUGACGGGGAGUUCGACUACAUCAAGGUCGUGGACAAGGACGACGGCAAGACAUACGCCUUCUGGAUCGCGAAGCCCGUCUUCGUUGCCAAAGGCCUCGCCGGUCGCGGCACCCGCGGCUACGUCGCCUGGUGGGUCGAGCGCCGCAUGUUCGUGUGGCUCAAAGACUCGUGGCGGGCGGCGUACGCCCUCGUCCAACCGGAGGGCGACAUCCUCAAAACGCUCAACACCGCGGGCAUCCCGAACAUCCCGACACUCAUUUGCCACGGCGACGUUCUCAACCAGAAGACGCUGACGCCUGACUGGUGGCGUCAACGGAAGACGAAGAAGCUGCCCACCUUGCCCCGUGCCCUCCGCCCCUCUGGGUCUUCGGCGCCGUCGAUCGCUUCUGGAACUUCGACUGCGCAAGGCUCGAAGCGCUCGAAGCGCAAACAGGACACUGUGGAGGAGCCAACCGAAGACGACCCUGAGCCCGACCCCUCAUGCCCUAUGCGUUUGCAUCGACACUACCGCAUGGUUGUUCGCGAGGUCGCGAAGCCGCUGAAGAUGUUUCAACAUGAGCGACAGCUGUUCAACGUCCUUGACGACAUCUUGGCCGCUCACGAAGCAGCUGCGAAUGGCAAGGGGCUUCCGGAGAAGCUCCUUCACCGCGACAUCAGCGCAGGGAACAUCCUCAUCUACCCGAGGCUCGUCGUCACCAAGACGUCUCGCUACAUUCGCUUGGGCGGCAUGCUCGCCGACUGGGAGAUGUCCAAGCCCAUUCCGCUGAACGUCGAAGACGACAAGCCUCGCCAACCGGAGCGCACUGGAACAUGGCAAUACCAGGCCGCCAUCUUACUCAUCGCGGGCUCGUGUCGGCGCGCGGGGAUCCCCGAGGAGCUCGAGUCCGUCUGGUUGGUCUCUCUCUACCACGCCAUCCGGUACCUGCCUUCCAACCUCGAUGACCUCGGCGUCGCACGCUUCAUCCACGAGUUCUUCGACACCUACCACAAGAUCACGUACGCGGAUCUGACCUUCGAGUGGGUGUGCAGCGACUUCAAGAGCACCACCCUUGGCUUCGGCAAGCUUCGCAAGGGUCCGAGCGCUUACGAGGUGGUCAAGUUCAACUCCGAGAGCCUCAACUCGUUCAUCCAAAAGAUGCUCGACUCCUUGUGCGCGCAUUACGCUGUUAGACAGUUCAAGGAGGAGGAAGACGCUGCCUCGGACACGAACGACGACGACCACGGGGAUUCGACGACGGCCGACGAGGCGAGCACCGGCAUCGCCCAGUCCGACACUGCCUCCGAGUCCACUACCGCUUUCGUCGCGCCCUGUGUCGGCGACGAGGACGAGGACGAGGACGCCAGCUCGCCCGUGACCGGCAAGACUACCGAGGCCAAGGGCCCGUCAGUUCCACAACUCGCACUGGCCGUGAACAUGGCCCAGCACGCGUACAUGCGUUCGCAAGUCAGGAUCGCGGCGAAGAAGGCGUCCGUCGACACCUCGGAGAAGCGCGACCGCAUCCCCGACACCUGGAUGCCGCCGCGGAACCCCGUGCACCGCGCCGAGGCUCGGGGCAAGAAGCGGCCGAAGUUCUCGAGCGACACGCAGACUGCGGUGGACGGAGCGCACACGGCGCCCGUCCCGGUCCUCAACGCGACGAAGAACCCGUUGGGCUCGGGGGAGGGCAGCUCUGAGCUGCUGCUCCCGGCCGUGCUCGGGCAGAGCGACAUCGCUCACGUCAGGCGCCGGAAGUCUGGGAAGUCGAGGGCACGUUACAAGGUGCCGGGUGGUGAUAUCAACGAGCUUGACGGGGCGAACUAG